AUGGAGCUUGAGGUUGGGUUGAAAUUUCUUAACCGGGAAUCAGCGAUGCUAGCGGUAAAAAACUACAAUAUCCGUAGGAGUGCAGAAUAUAAGGUUGUAGAGUCAGACCAAAGUAGGUAUGUAUGUCGAUGUAAGCAGUUCGGGGACCGAUGUCGUUGGAUGGUACGGGUGGCGAAGACAAGGUCCUGUAGAUUUUGGGAAAUCCGAAAGUAUGAAGGUCCUCAUAGUUGCUUGGCAAGUACAAUGUCUCAAGACCACGCCCAACUCGAUAGCAACGUCAUCUGCCAGCACAUAUUUCCCAUGGUGCAUGCCGAUGUGACCAUUUGUGUAAAGGUGUUGCAAGGAUCAGUAGAGUCAGCGUACGGUUACAAGGUUUCUUACAAGAAGGUUUGGCACGCGAAGCAGAAGGCAAUCGCAAGGAUCUAUGGUGAUUGGGACGAAUCAUAUGACCAGCUGCGUAGAUAUCUCAGUGCUCUCCAAGCUUUCGUCCCAGGGACAAUUGUUGACCUCCAAACUCUGCCGUACUAUGUCGGGAACACACUAGACCGUGGAAGUGUCAUGUUUCACCAGGUUUUUUGGUCGUUCCCUUCAUGUGUUGAAGCUUUUAGGCACUGUAAACCGCUGGUCUCAGUGGACAGGACACAUCUGUAUGGUAAGUACGCAGGCACCCUUCUCAUGGGCAUUGCACAGGACGGGAAUAACAACAUUCUACCCGUCGCUUUCGCACUUGUCGAAAGAGAAAAUACAGAUUCAUGGUACUUCUUCCUGACCAAUUUGAGGAGGCAUGUCGCAACUCGGCCGGGAGUUCUGCUUAUAUCCGACAGGCAUGCUGCAAUAAAGGCCGCAUUGGAACGCGAGGGGUGUGGCUGGAAACACAAUGUGUACUGUGUUCGACAUAUUGCCUCCAACUUUGCUACAAGCUUCAAGAGUAAGGAAGCCAAGAGACACCUGGUUAACGCUGCAUAUUCGAAGACACAAGAGCAGUCGCAGUACUACCUGGAGCUAAUCAGUAGCGAAGAUCCGGUAACAUCCCCGCAGAUGAUGGAGUGGAUCCGUGGGUUAGAGCCACCUAAAUGGUUACAGCACCUAGAUGAGGGCCAACGAUACGGCCACAUGACAACGAAUCUGUCUGAGUGUAUCAACUCCGUCCUCAAGGGCACUAAAAAUUUGCCGGUGUGUGCAAUUGUGAAGUCCUAUUACUAUCGCCUGAACGAGUUAUUCGUCAUGAAGGGUCGGCAAGCACAGGCGCAGGUUGCAAGUGGUCAGGUGUUCUCACAGUUCUUGCAGAAAGCCAUACUAGCGAACCUUGAGGGCAUUCCCCAGAUGUUGGUGACGUCAUACGAUAGAGCUACCACUAAAUUCACAGUCGACGAGAUAGCUGCUGCAGGGGUGCAGUCACGGUUCCGAGUUAACCUUCGGUACCGCAGAUGUGAUUGUGGUUACUUCCAGGCAUUACAUUAUCCUUGUGCACAUGCUCUGGCCGCGUGUGCAUAUGCGAGGUUGGACUGGCAAGAGUAUGUUGAUUUAGUGUACCGUGUUGAGAGCGUGUUUCGGGUUUAUCAGAUGGAAUUCCAGCCCGUGCCGGAUGAGGAGAUGUGGCCCCCUUCUGAAGGAGCACAUAUCCGGCACAGCCCCCUCCUACGACGUACAAUGGAAGGGCGUCCGGUAUCUACUAGGAUUCGGAAUGAAAUGGACGAUGUUGAGCCGGGACCAGGUAAGAGGUGCGGGAUUUGCAGGCAACCCGGGCAUACCAGGCGACAUUGUCCGCAUGCUUCUGCAACCUAA